UUGUUGACUUUAUCGAAAUAAUAUAUUUAGGAUCAUUGGACAGUAGUUUGGAGAAACUAAACUUGAUGGGGAGAUCGUUUCAAAAACCGCGUGACUGUUGUGGUCACGUGUUUGUAGUGAAGUUGUCAAAAUAGUGUAUACAGUGUGUAUCAUGAAAAUAAGUUUUUACAUAGGGAGUGGCUUUUUUCUACCUUAUUCAAACAAAAACUGGGCACAAUAUUGAGUCGAUAAGUCUUAAAAAGUCCCACCGAUACUUUCCUAAUGAAAAUUUUGGUAAUUUGUUGAGAUGAAUUUUGUAAACAGUUCGAGCUAUUUUUAUUGCUUACUUUAAUAGACUUGCGGUUUAUAUUUAUUGUGUUUACCGUACUAAGUCGGUCGUUUUGCACGAAGCUUAGGAACAGUUGUCGAAAAACAACCUGGUGAGUGCGUGAGUCUUUUCGGUAAAAAAAUCGAAAAGGGAGUUCAACUGUACAGAGUCUGGAUCGAUCAUUCAGGCUUAAAAAAUAUUCAAUGUUUCUGAGGAAAGUGCAUCUUUCAAGUUACCACUAUUAGGACACUGAUUUUCAGUAUAAAAAAAAUGCUGCAGGAUUUGACAUAGAGGGUCCCUCUCCAGGCGGGAGGGCCUUGGGAAUGCUGAUAAUGCCUUCAGUGCUGGAAGAAGUGGAGGAUAACUCCGUUUAUACCCCCUUAGUAGACUCCAGUGGAAUAACAGUGAUUCCACCAAGUCCUUCUUCCAAACCCCUUAAGAAUAUUGGUGAUAUCAGAUUACUUUUACAACAAGGUCGAAAGCAAGAUGUUAAACAAAUUCUUAGGAAUAAUGCUUGGCCUGUCAACAGUCCCAUUCGUAAAGAGUUAUGGCCACUUUUAUGCACACAACAUCAAAAUGGUAAAUCAAAUUUUAUGGAUGGUUUUUAUUGGGAUAUGGUAAAUCAAGUUUUUGGGACCACAGAGCUACCAGAUAAGUCUAUAAGUUUACCACCAUUCGUGGAACCAUCACAUUGCCUUUCAUACUACAUGACGCAUAAAGGUAGAAGUAUAACAGAUCGUGUUGUGUCAGUGUUAGGAUAUGCUUGCCCUGAUAUAGUUUACAGCCCUACCAUUUAUCCAAUAUGUGCACUUCUUCUUCAUUUUAUGACUGAAGAAGAAGCGUAUCAUUGUAUGGCAAGUUUAGUGGCGUCAAAAGAAAAAACCUUCAUCACCCAAACCAAACUUUUAUAUGAAGUUACUUGGAAGACUGUCAUGCAAAUUUGCAAAAAACACGUUAAGUCAGCGGCGGUUCAUAUUCAACGGCAUUGCGCUGCAAAUAGAUCGGAAAAAAUCUACAUGGAUUGGAUCUGGUGGAUUUUCCAAGGGCUACCUUUCCAACAUCUAGUGAGGGUGAUGGAUUGCUUUUUUCACGAAGGCAUUAAGGUGCUCUAUCGAACGGCGAUGGCUAUACUCAUCUUAUUCCAAAAAUCUUCAACUCCGUCAUCUUCCGAAUGGCUAGCGGAGAUUCAGAAGAACGGAAUCGAUAGCGCGCUAUCCAAAUUUUGUAAAGAAUGCCCAGUAUCGCCGCAAAAGGUAUUAAAAGUAGCGUUCGGCAUCAGAGGGUUGAGUUCCUCGUAUAUAUCGAGGGUAUUUUUGAAGACUGAAAUGAUCUUAAGGAGUAAGAACGUCGUUAACGGUUCCAGACAGUUAUUUAAGUCGAGGUCGAGUGAGAACUUACCAAACAGUCAAAGUCAAAAUAAUAUUCAGAUGGUAUCACACACACUCACUAUUAGGGAGAAAAUGUCCGAAGAGAUGUACAAUGAGAUGGGAGCUCAUUCACCAGGUCCUCGUACCCUAUCAAUGGGCAUCUAUCCCAUACAGAACAUUAAUUCGUGUAUACUCGGCCAACAGGACUUGCUUACACUUUGGUCCUGGUUGCCUGUAAGAAUUACAAUGUAUCAACCCAUUUUGCUCUACACCACCGAGGAACACGGAUGCUCAUUGACGACGUUCUACGUCAGGGUGGAACAACACGAGCCCACGUUAUUGAUGAUUAAAACGUGCAAUAAUGAGGUAUUCGGAGCUUAUUGCUCUUCUCGUUGGGUUGAAAGAAAUAUAAAAGAUGACAGAGGUAAUAGACAAGCAUAUUUCGGUACUGGCGAAACUUUCCUGUUUUCUCUCUAUCCAGAAAGAGCGAAGUAUCCUUGGGUGGGUAUGGAAGUGGAUAAAGUCCAACAUGGCGCAGAACUCUUCAUGGCUGCUGAUUCCAAGAUGAUAACCAUAGGAGGCGGUGAAGGCCAAGCAAUUUGGAUGGACGAAAACAUAAGAUACGGAAAAACCGACACAUGUGCCACCUUUAAUAAUCCACCUCUAGUUCCAGGAGGUGACUUUGAAAUCAGAGUUCUGGAAGUUUACGGUUUUGCCACUGAUCAACUCAGUUAAACAACGAAAUUCAUCGAAACUGAAAAAACAUAUAAAAAAUAGAUUUUUAUAUUAUUGAUGUGUACGGUUUGACCAAACAUUUCAUUUAUCCAAAUAUUUUGGAUAUAGUUUCAUGUAUUACUUUUCGGACAAGCUGUACAAAUACGUUUAUUUGUACAGUUAUUUUCGCGAUAUGUAUUCUCAUGUACAGAGUUAUUUUUCAUCAACAAAAAAAUUAUAUUUCUAUUAGAUAAUUGGAAAUUCUUUCUCUUUUUAUUUAAAUGGUUUCUGAAAAAAAAAACUUAUUUAUUAAAAUGAAUAUGAGUCCAUCCUACCAUCAGAAAUUUCUUGAGAUGUCGAUCAAGAAUUGGGACCUUCAUACAUUAUUAUAUCAUUAAAAACGAUUCAAUUUUAUAUAAGAAAUUGUAGUUUUGGUGUCUUGAAGCUUAAUGUUUAUAUUAAAUAACUCUGUUUAUGUUGCUUACGUUUUUUCUUUUUGCGAAAAAAGUAAGAAGUAAAAGUGAAAAAAUUCAUCGUCUGCAUUCCACCAAUGCUUGAAGUUAUAUGCUUUUUCACGUGUUUAAGUCAAGAGAUGCAAAAGUGAUGAAAAAACUGCAAGUGUUGAUUGUGUAAAUUGAAAAAUUACACAGGUGGAUAUGACCUGUAGCGUUGUCACUUUUGGAUGGCUUGGAAUUCUUCAAAUACUAAUUAUUGAACAAAAAAGUCUUCUGAAGCAGAUUGGUAGGUUUGUUAAUAUACCAUUUUUUAGGUAUUUAGAUGACAUCUAGUCGUUGUAAUAGAAAGAAAGCAAACUCGUUUUUCCCUUGUAUAUUUUUUAACUUAUAAGUUUCUUUUUUUAUGUAUAUAUUUAAAUAGUGUAUUUUGUUGAGACGUCUCUAAAAAGUGUUGAAUCUAUUUUUUCAGAAAUUCUGAAAAAUUUCAUAUUUUUUAUGCAAUUGUAGUGUGUACAUUAAUCAAAAGCUUUAAAAUUUUGUUCUGAUCAAAAAUUAAAGUAUCAUUGAAAUUUUUCAAAAUUUCCGAAUAUUACUUUCUUGUAGAUGAUUUUACGUUGGACUAUUAAAAAUUUUAUGUAUAAAAAUUUUAAAAACUGUCAUAAUACUAGCAAAAAUAAAGAAAGAAAGGAAACAAAUUUUACAUAUAGACUUCAGUAAAAGAAAUAUGUUAGUAUAUGGCUCAAAGAAUUUGCCAAAAAAAUAUUUUUUUUACGCUUAUCUGAUAUAGUAUUAGUACAGUUUUUAUUGACCUUUGUUUUAGUGCCAAAAAUGUCAUUAACUCAUUUGUGGCAUAUUAUAUUUCAAGAAUCAACCAUUUCGCAGUAUCUAAUAUAAUUUGAUUUUAUUCUGCAAUGCUUUUUUAUUUUAAAUCGUCAUUUAUCAACUGAAAUUUUUAUUAAACUGAAAUGAAAUGCGAAAAUUAAUCUUAUGGUGAAAAUGUGUUCCACGUUUUAGAUUUUUCUAAAUUAGUUCUAGCUGCGCAGUCCUUAAGAGUUGUAGAACUUUACAAAAGGAAAUAUAAAUAUAAAUAUAUAUAUAUAUAUAUAUAUAUAUAUAUAUAUAUAUAUAUAUAUAUAUAUAUAUAUAUAUUAUAGCCUCGUUGCUCAUUAUUUAUCAAGGCAUAUCACAGUAUUCUUUUUAGUUUCUAGCAUCACAUAAUCCAAAACCUAAGAAGAUAGUCUAUCUAAAUAAUUUCCCAAAAAAAAAAACAUUGAUACAAAAUUGCUUCUGUACACUUAAUACAUAUCGAAAAAAAAACUUUCUAUUGAUCAUCCUGUUUGCUACCCUAAAUCUACAGUCUUUCAAGCCAGAUAUGAACCAGAGAUCUAUGGAAGGCUCGAAGGACCAGACUGUGUAGUUGGUACUGAACAAGAUGAAUAUUACCAGUUUCAGAAAUUCCAACAUAAUAAAAUUUUCCCAGAAAUGCGCGUGUCGGGGCAUUUGUACUCACUGAGGGCGAUUCAUUAGUGAGAAGAUAUAUUGAAAAAAAUAUUGGGAAUCUAUAUAAAAUUUAUAUUAAAAAUAUUACAAAAGACUGUAAUGGCACUUGAUGUAAUGUUUUAAGGUAGACAGCCUUGACUGUAAUAUUGUCAAAAUAUAUUUAAGUCAAGGUUUUAAUAGGAAUAAAAAAAUGUAGUCAGGCAACAGUACACAGUCAGGUGUAGUCGAUUCUUUGGUUUUGGAUUAUCAUUUUUUUUAAUCUUACAUGUUUUAAUUCUAGUCUUUUAGUUCCGCAACCGGUAGGUAUUUUAUUUUUUGGUUUUUGUGGUUACACUCUUGGGAAGUAUUCCCAUAUGACAAUUCGAUCAAGAUAUAUAAUUCAAUUUAUAUCAAUUUUUUAUUAUUAAAAGUAUUAUUACAAGAAAGUCGAAUGGAAAACAUUAAAUCUUUAGAAUAAUAGAAGGCCCUAGGUAUCAAGUACACGAUGUCAUAUAACAUAAUAUUUGGUGGAAAAGAAAAUAAUAUUUGAACCAUUUAAACAAUAAUUUCAAAAAAACUACAUUAAAUUGGUUUAUCCAAGUUGGGAUGAAUGGAGCAGAUAAUUUGUGUACUUAAAUGAAGACCAAAUUGAUCCCACAGAUAUGCAUAUUGAAACAAAAAAUAAUGAACCCCAGAUGUCUAGAUUCACUGUUUACUUUAAAUAACUGAAAAACUGUAACAGUUAUUGCUUCAUACGGAAUGUCACAAAAAUUGCAUCUUUUACAAUCUGUAUGCUAUAUCUACUAAAAGUUACCUGACAUCAUAAUCAUUCAUUUUAAUUUAUUACAAAAGGCCCUGCUGAAUAUGUGAUUUUUUAAUAUAAAAUAAGUGAAAAAGAUAUUUUGUUUUAAGUUCGAUUUUCUAAUUUGGGAUUUCGGAAUAAAGUAUUUUUUUAUUUUAAAUAAGAUAACGUUAUUGUUAAGUUUGUUAAAAAUGAUUGUUGAUUGAGUUUAUUUAGAAUAGUGAGUAUGAAGUUUAUAUUCUGCGUUAUCUUUAAAAAAAAACAAAA